CAACAUGGCGGAAAGUAUCAGUAAUCGAGUUUUCAGUUUGGUGCCUUCGCUUGAAUAUUUCUCGCCUUCCUACAGGCUUUUAAACCGUCAGCAUAUGAAUCAUUCUGGAAAAUGAUGAAGUGUGUUUUCUUUUAUUUUUCCUUUUUUUUGUUUUAUAAUUGUUUAGUUUUAUUUUUUCAAAAUCAUGAAUGUAUUUUGAUUUGGUGGUAUGUUCAUUUUUAUAUGGUGGCGUGUGACCCAGGAAAUCCGAAAAAAAUUAGGGACGGGAAAAACUGGGAAAAAAUAUACACAACGUGGGAGCAACUUCAGAAUACCCGGCCACUCAUUUACAUGUCAUUGAUUAAGAAUAACGUCUAUUGUGUUAUGCCUCGAUCUUCAAAGCCUCCCGACACAUGUAAGUGAGGCAGACCAAAAUGGCCGGGUAUUCUGAAGUUUAGCCCAAGCAUACAAAUGACUUGUUUCCUGUUUAAAAAUAUACAUUGAAGUACAAAAGUGAUGUACGAAAAUGAAUAAGUAAGCUAUGUAAAAGGAAUAAACACAAAAGACAUACAUGGUCACGAGACUAAUUAAACUAAAAUUAUGCAGAUUCCAAGUUUGCUGCACGUCACCAAGAGAAUUCUUAGUGAAAAAUAUUUUAAUUCCAUGAAGUAUUUUAAUAAUGGUAUACAACAGCUGCAAUCUAUGUUUCUCUUGCAGUGUUGACAUCAUAGAUAUGGAUGAUAGGAUUAAAGGAACUGACUUGAGAGGGACAAAGUAUACUGUUUCUCAGGAUGGUUUGUGUCCUCGCUGUGGGAAUUCAAACAGGCUCUAUGUCAUACUGGAUAAGUAUGUUUUCUUACCACCACAAAAUUUAGUAAACCAUGAAUACCUAAAAUGCUUUAAGACUGUUCAUGUGCCUUGAAAAAGAAGACCAAUCAGGAGUGAGAGAAACCUCACUGCACGCAAUUUAACUUUUUUACCCAUAAGAGUGAUGCACAUCUUAUUUCUUGAGAAUAAAGGAAAUGAUCACCAACUAAAGAGGCUUUAGAUUGUUCAACAAAUUCUCCUUAUCAGCACCUUAGAAAAUGUAUGGAGAACAGUAUGGAGAAUGUGUAUACUGAUUUAAGGAUGGAAAGGGUUAAUACUGAGUAGUUCGUUGUUUGGAUAGUUCUUUGCAUGUCUUGAUUCCCAUUGUGAUUGCUUGUAACACUGUACACUUUCCAUAUUUGAUGAAGGUGAUCAUGGUUUGCUAAACUAUAGAAGGAAGAUUAAUUGUAAGACCUUUUUUGUGCACCUUGUUGAACAUUUUAACCAGAAUUCUAAUGUAUUUUAGAUUGUUUCCUAUGGGGGAUAUGCCUGAAAUUCUGCACUCCCUGAUAGCCAAAGGAAGAGCUAUUCUGUGGUCAAGUCAAGAAAAAGAAGGAUAUCAGGUAAGGUGACAUCUUCACCAUGUGGCUGUACUUAAAACUUGAAACAAAAAAAAAAACUGUGUGGGGCAGGGGUGGAAGGGAAAGAACUACAAAGAAAUCAGUGCAGUUGUGUCAAUAGUUCUGGUAGCAAUAGGCAAUUCCCAGUUUUAAGAACACUAACUUUCAAAAUAAGGCUGUUUUGUGAAAAUUAAUAAUUUGCAUAUGAGGAUGAAUUUUCUUUAACCCUUUAACUCCCAGAAGUGAUUAACAUGAAACUUCCUCCGAUAAUAUAUGUACAUUAUUCAGCAAACAGGUAAUGAGAAUAUUCAAACUUAUCAGGUAGAAGCUGCUAUCUUGAUCUAGCACCAAGUUCUCAGAACCAAUUUACAAAGGAAAUGUGUAGCAGCUAGAAGGGAGAAUUAACAAGGGUUAAUCAAAAGCUUUGCACUUACAUUGUACAUGUACUCUUAGACUAAAACAGAGGCCUUUUGCAUUUCGAAAAUGGCUUCUUGUACCUCUCUAAGGAGUUCUUUGGAUUUCAACCGAUAGAGCAUGUGACUGAUAAAUUAAAAUGCCUAGGUGUCAUAUCAGGACAGAGAAUUCAGAUUUCCUUGGCCCUGCUCUUGUUAUAAAUGUUUAAAAACAUUCAAUGCUCAUAGGAUCCACCAACUUUCCUAUGCCGAGGAUUCUGCCCCCCUGAUCCUUUGGGUGCUGGGUUUAAUGUGAACUGGAGCAAUGUUUCCUUGAGACAAAUUUUGGAGUCUCUAGACAAUCCAAUGCAGGUGUGUAGCAGUAUGUGUGGUUUUUGUUUUUUUUUUUUUUGAUAUGUUGCAAUUCUUUUCCUUCCCCUGACUCUUAUUUAUGAAAGGUUUGGCCUUUGAUCUAUGUAUGUCAUCUCAAAUCUUGCUAUUUCUCUCUUGUAUCUGACUGAAUCAAAGGAAUUUAUAAUUAAACAACAUUUUUAGUAAGAGUCACACGUAAAAUGCAAUGUUCCUCAACUACUCAAAGAAAUUUUUUAUCUAAAAGUACUGCAGAAAACCUUUCUAUAUGUAUGCAGUGCACAUAUUUUAUCUUGAAUCAUGCAAGUUUUGUUUUUAAACUGGACUACUAUUGGAUAUCUGUCUGUGCAUGAUAUCUAAUGGAGGUGGUUAUCUGUGGCUGUUGUGGAAUAGAUGAUCAAUCAUCAUACAUGUAUCUUUCUUGCAUCAAUUUCACCCCGAGAAGGCAUUUAAACCUGUAUCAGGCCCAGAUGAGAGCCGCUUUCGAGGUUAGUAUUUUUUUUAUAUUAUUUUGAACUUUCAACACAAAUGUCAAUUUAUAUUUUUGGUUAUCAUAAAUUUCUAAUGUUGCCAUCUUGUUGUUCUAUCAUGUUACUAUCUCAAUGGUAAAGAUAUUUCAACCUUCAGGUUGUUCUAAGUUUACUUUUUGGUCGAUUAGAUUAGGUAUUCAAUAAGUCUUUCAAGCAUACUGAAUGUUUAUGUCUGAUUUCACUUUUCAUGCAACUGAUGAAGGUUCCAGUCAAAGUGAAUCAUCAGAUAACACCUUAUAUGUUUUGGAUGAGUUACGAGGCCAAAAAAGUCAUGAAAAAGGAAAUGCUUCUCAAACCCCAACAAUGCAAAGUAUGUAUAUCCUCUUGUUAUCACAUUCAUCCAAUUUUGUGUGGUAUUCAUUCUGGAUUAUAUGUUAGAUGACUCUGUUAGUUAAUGAGUUCUGUUUAUCUUCGUAAGUUAAUGUCCUGGAAAGUAAUUUAAGAAUAGAGAAACACUGGAAAAGUUGUGAGGGAGUUUACCUUCCAUCUCUACCCUCUCAGGUUCAUCAGACAAAGAGGAUGAAACUGAAGAAGAUGAUGAGGAUGAGGAGGAUGACAUUGAUGAAGAAGAACUCAUCAAACAAAUGCUUGCUAAAGAAGAGUUAAAACUGUCUCAACAGAACAACAGUGAAGAUGAAGAUGAAGAUGCAGCAGACCAUGCAGAUCAUGAGGAUGAUGACAAACACAAGGAAGCUUCUUCUGUUGUAUCUGAUUCAGACAAUUUUUCAGAACCUAGUACAUCAUCAAGCAAUUUGAUAAGAAGCUCAGUGGUCAAUGUGACAGCAUCAACAGCCACUGCAACAUCCACGGCAACAACUAGUAACAAAACACCAUCAACAGAAGCUAGCAGCUAUCCUGUGUCAUCCAAUGGGCGUUGCCCUUACUGUGACUCUUCAGAUGUUAAAUACAUCAUCAUGGUGUCAGAAAACACCAAAGAUACUGAUCUACCUCAAAGUCUUCAACAGUUGCUCAAAAGAAAUCAGGCUUUUAAAAUGGCUAAAGGUGAGGUAAAAUGGGUGAGCACAGAUAGUAAGGAAUGGAAAAUUUACUUUUUAUUGCUCUAUAAUCAGUGUUCUCCUUUUCAGGUGGUAGCUAGUAAGAAGUACCACCAGUAGUACCUCUUAUUACUGCCAUAAAUGGCUUCAAAUUCUUGAAAAUUCAACAGGUAGAGGAAUAACUCUAUCAGUUUGAAAAUAACACUGCAGAAUCAAAUGGUGUGAAAUUGAAAUAAAAUUUAUUUCCUUCCAAGAAAGGAUAACAAAUUAUUAUUUGUGUUGUUUUAAAGCUAUUUAAAGUACAUGUCCUUAAAGUGUUACUCUCUGUCAGUCUGCAUCAUGUCACAGUUUAUAACCACGCAAGAGGGAUGGCACAUGAAAGAGUCCUGAAGUAGUUCAGAAAGAAUUAUAGAUUUUUAAUUCUGGGAAGAGGGACUUCCCCACUUAUAUAUAAUCAAUUGUUGAAUUGAUUAUUUGGAAUUAUCAUCUAUUUUUUCACUACAUCAUGAAACAAAGUUUCGUGAAAGAAGACCCAGACAAAAGUCACAGGCAGGGUAAGCCAGUUUGCAAUGAUGGCUGGAGUUGGAAAAACAAUGGGAGAGUUUUAAGAGGAUACAAUUUUACUUGACACUAUAAACAAAACUAUUUCAUGAAAAACAAUUUUCCAAAAUGUCCUCUAACUCUGGUACAUUUCAGGACAUAUGUCAGAUUUUCCAAUAAUUGAACUUGAAUUAACACUAUUUCAAGAGUUGACCCCUACCAUUGUAUUUAUUUUAAGCCCAAGACCAGACAUUGCCACAAUUAAGAUUACUGUGAAUGCUCUCUUUACCCUACCCCCUACCCCACAUAAGUAUCCAGAGCCUCCAAGGAGAGAAGUGGUCUGACAGGAAACUCAGUUAAAAAAAAUUACAUGUCACUUGCUUUUCCUAUGACUUGUGAUAUUCACUUAUGGGGGCCCUGAAUCACAAUUGUCACUUGUUUUACGGUACCACCCAGCCCUAGGAGGAUGGCUACAUAAAGUUUUAAAUAAAAUUCAUAAAUUGUGUAUGUUUUUUGCAUCCUGAAAUUGUGCAGUUUCCAAAGUUCUGAUUUUGGAAUGAUCCUGUCAGACUCUAAUUUCUGACAUUUCAACUAUACAUACAGCCUUUGUUUUGUAAUGGACUCUGUUAAUAAAAGCUAACCAUACAAUGUAACUCUAAAUGACAUCUACUUGUCAGGCUACAUGGGGGCUUCAAAGCUCAUGUUGGGUUUGGUAAAAGAUCUUUCCUAAUCUUAAAGGACAAAUGGUCGAGGCAAAUUCACCCAACUAUAAAGCUAAACAAAAGCAGGUACAUCCUUUGUUAGUUGAUAUUGCUCCAGCUCCUUGUUCAUUUAAUUUUGAUGAACAAACUGGGAGUCUACUUGCUUGGUAGUCUUUUGCUGGGGUAUCAGGAAUGAAGCAAAUUGAUUAAAAGAUUGACUUCAAAACAAAAAAGGAAUGCCUUCAUCAUCCAAAGAUCCUGAAUGAUGAUGCAUUUGGGCCAACAGGUUGAUGAAGUAAUAGCUGAAUAAUACUUGACUGGAUUGUUUGAAAUGAACUGGAGAUGAAUUACUGUUUUAUUUCUGAUAAUUUGUAGCUUUAUCGAGUCUUAUAUCCACGCUUUUUUCCCCUUUGUUUUGAUGAAGUUGAUGCUGAAUUUGAUUUGGGACGAAGUUAUACCCAUAAACUAACUUGUUCUUUUGAUCUCCUGCAUGACAUAAAUUAGGUGACAGUGAACCACCAUCUUUUCAGUGCCAGAAAUGUCAGUAUGGCUUCAACCUGAACUGGUCCACUGCAAACCUUGAACUCAUCUUUGGACUGCCACCUACCACAUCUUCAUCCGCCACAGCCACGACAGCUAAACCUACCUCAAACAAAUCCACCAAACAAACCGCUGUACCCUUCAAACAACCUCCUAGAUACCCAUCCUACCCUCCUCCCAUGGGGCUUCCUCCAACAAGGUACCCACCACCUAUUGGGAUUCCUCCACCAGUUCCUUACCAUGGGUGAGUGAAAGAUGAUUCUUAUCAACAUUUCGAUCUGUGAUGUUUUUUAAAUGCAGAUCUUCUUUUUGACUUUGCUGUUCUUUUUUCCUUCUCAGCUACACACCAGCAUAUCCCAGUUAUUAUGGAUCGUACUAUCCCCCACCUUCCAUUCCGCCACCACCAGUUGGAACCUAUCCUUUCUCCCCACCAGCUGCAUCACAGUCAACAAUCCCCCCUCCUGGUAUUUCACCCCUUGGGAUAUUUCCACCCGGUGUUCCACCCCCAGGGGUACUGCCUCCUGGAAUUCUUCCCCCUGGGAUACCACCUCCAAGUUUACCACUCCCUGGGGUGCUUCGUGCUAUUCCACCCCCUGGAGUUCCCCCUCCAGGUUAUCCCACACCAGCCAUUACUCCAGUCCCCUGUGCGGGUACAUGGGGAAAUUACCCUUACCAUACUCCCUCCCUUUACCGACCUCCCCCAUCUACAAGGUAUGGUCCAAUUCCUGUGGCAAGACCUCAUCAUUCAGCACCAACGCAAGCCACACCUCCAGCGCCUUGGCCGCAGCUUCCAGUGACUGCAGCAACAUCAGCCACAUCAGUUCCAGCCCAACAGGAUCCGAGUUCCGAGCAGGAUACUGCAGAGAAUAAUAGUAAAGUAGCAGCUGCCCGAUUUGAGAUGGUUUUGAACCAGAUUGACCGAGCAAAAGCCCGUGUUCGUCAUGAGAAAGAACACCAGAAGAAAGAGAUCCAGAAGGAACAUCUAACAGUCAGUCAGCAGUAUGAAGCAGAGCCUAAUGCACUCAGCGAUGAAGGACAACAGAUGGUCGAUUAUGAUGAAAAGCCUCCUGGUGAAGAAGACGCAGGUAACAAAUGUCACAAUAAUUCAAUCUCAACGAGGAAAUUAAAUUUUGGUGCCAAUUCUGUCUGUGUCGUUUUAUGGGAGUACUUAAAAAUAGAUAGCUAAUCACUUAAUGGUUUCGGAAAUUAAACCUUUUAGUGAUACUUAUUCAUCUCGGCGUACUGAUGCCUUGUCUUUCGUUUAACGUCCCUGGUUCUUUCUUUUCUUUCCUUUGUAAUAGAUUUUGAAUCUAAUGUCAUCAUUACUGCGUCUGAAGACAAAAACUUGUUUGGUCAUGAAGGAGUAGACACCCCUACCUCUGAACAGUCCGUGGUGGCGUCACAAGAGAUCUUAAGUGAUAGCGUAGAAUCAGUAAUUGUAGGACAGCAAGAUGACCAAGAUAAUGGCCAGUUGUUGGAGAGUAGUGAGAAUGAACACAACUCUACCAGCGAUAUCAACAAUCAUGAUGCUGAUAGCGUUUUGCCAGAAACGAUGAAAGACCCUAAAGUAACAGUUUCCACCGAAGGUGUACGUUCUGUACUCUCCGAAAAGGAGGAUGGGUCACUCGGUAUGCAACCCGCUCGAAGCAAACGUACCCGGCAAUUUUGGAGGUCCAUAAGACCCGAACCAGCUACUUCAACAGAGGAUACCGAUUCUACAGUAACCGAGGAAGAAACUCCAGCAGUUACUGGAAGGGCGAGAAGGUCCCGAAUGAGUGGAGCACCAAGCACAAUAGCCGAGAACCUGGACAUUCAAGAUGUUCAAGACAGAGAGUCUAGAGGAGGAAUGGAUGUGAGCGACAUUGAUAAGGCUGAAUCAUCAGAUAUAUUGAGUCAGGGCAGUGCUGCUCCGGAGACCGGAAGUGACUCCCAGGAAGGGCUAAGUGAAAGUUUGGUUUCUUCUUCAGAGACAGAGACUGCCCCGGCAGGUCCACGGCAAGGGAAAGUGGGACGGGGAAGAAAACGAAAACAGGAAAGCACUGAAAUGGAAGGAGUGGUCCCUCGGCCACCAACGAGGAAGACGCGAAGGGAAGCAGCAGAGACGGAAGGUUCAGUGCUCACGGAAAGGGUCAGUGAAGGAAGCAAGAAUGUAGAGUACGAGAACAUUUCCAUGGAGACUCCUGUUGUCAUUAGCCAGGAGGAGGGAAAAAAAGUGGUUUUUGAAAGUCCUAAGAUAGAAACCUCACCUGAAAUAGAAGGAAACGGGAAGUCUGGUGUACUCACCAACAGACGACAAACACGGAAAUCUGCGCAAAAAUCACAAGAACCAGAGGUACCACAGGGAAGCAUAACAUCUCGUCAAGUAGAAGUAUCUUCCAAUAUAGCGGAAGAGGAUGAAGCAAUGGACGUUGGCAGCAACCGAAGAAGUCGUAGAUCAGCCCCAAGAAAUAUCUCACAGCGAACUAAUAAACCUUCCGUCAAGAGACAAACACGUACCUCUUUGCAAUUAACCUCAAAAGACUCUGACUUGGCGGAUACCGAGCAUGUUGUCUUCAAUGAUAAAGCGUCAGAACGUGACAGUCGAGGAGACGAUGAAACACCCGCGAACGAGCAGUCAUCGGCUGAACAGAAAAACGUCGUAGCAGAUAGGUCCCGUGAAGACGAAGGGACGAAAUCUUCGGUAUCAACCGAAGAUGCUUUGGUUAAUACUGUUAUAGACGUUCUCUCGUCUCGGGUGUCCGAUAGUUUGACAACUGAGGAAGUCUCUGGUAGGUUUCAAACAAAAUCUCACGACACUCCUGUGGUACCUAAGGUUAAAACACCUAACUCUGAUACGUCUAACGGCGAAGAAGCUGAAAAGACACCUAAAACUCGAAAAUCACGGAAAUCUUUGGAUGUAAAAGAAGUUCAGUUGUCCCCUGAUCCCGUCACGGCGGCGGGUACACUUUCUUCUCGUCGAUCACAGAGAAAGAAAUCCACGCCUUCACUUCCAGAGGCUACUACACUUUUGCAGGACUCUGCGAAAAAUUUUGAAGACGAGGAACACAUUGAAGAUGAAGAAUCUUUAGCGUCUCCUAAAAAGGUUUCUAGAAAAACUGCCCCUAUGAAAUCAACAGAGACUGUUACUAAAAGAGUUACAAGAAGUCGACAGAAAAAGUGAUUAAACCUGGAAGCGCCUUAAGGCUUGUUGUUUCUAGUCGUAUUGUUGUUGUCUUUUUUCUUUUUUGAAUAACUUCUGGGAGCUUUCAAUCAUUACGUAAACCCUUACUGAAGAUACACAUAGUUAAAAAACAGGCUUCAGUUCCACUCUUCAAUUCGCCUGAAAAGGUUGUUCUUCGAGAAAUGCAUGAAAUCAUGAAAUGCAGAUUUACUGCUCUUAGUUUCGGUGAUGAAAACAGAUGUGGCAUGUGACUUACUGGUUGCAAACCUUUGGACAAGAACUUUAUUUAAAUAUACAUAUAUACAUAAGUGGAGCAAGGUAAUUUAAACAAGGGUAUUCUCCUUGUAAGAACGCAGGUGACAGUACAUAAGAAAAGCAGGGCAUAAGUAUUGUCUAUUAUUGAAUUUUCAACUCUGAAUAUUGCAUUUCUGGCGUUCUGAUUGGUUUACUCAACUCCGAUUAUCAGCUCAUAUUCCGAGUCACCUUACUUGGAAAUGCUCUGCUUUAACUGUUGCGGAGCUGAAAAAGCCUCAAAUAUCCAAAAUUUCAGGAUGUAAUGAAAUUUGAUGAGACAAUUAUUCCAUUCGUUCUUGUUGGAUACGAGAUUGGUCAUAAAAAUCUCAUGUCCAACGCGCUCUCAUGGAAGAAUUGUUAAGUAAAAGGUUAUUUUAUGAAAGAGACAGAACUCGUAUUUUGUGUGUGCGACAACAGAAUAAUUCACCUUUGGGUUAACCGCGCAGUUAUGAGGUAAUUAACAAGCUUAAUUUGUCUUUUGUGACCAAACUUUCAAUAGAGAGAUUGUUGUAAUUGUAAAUACCAGUUGUGAUAUGUAUUAUCAGGAUUCUUCGCGCAGCAAUUUUUAACGAGA